CCUCAGCAGCUCUGGGGCUGCUCCGGGCCGCCAGUCAGCUGACUCGGGGGGCGGAGGAGCUGUCAGGCGGGCCCCGCCCUGCGCUGCCGGGCCGCGGGGCCCGCGCAGCCAUUGGCCAGUACCCCGGGCCGCCCGGGCCCCAGCGCCCCAGUGACAUCAGGGAGGCGAUAAAAGGCGGCGGCGGCGCCCGAGCCUGCACAGCUGCACCGCCAGGCUGCGAGCGGCUGCGAGCGAGCGAGAGAACCUCAGAGCCAGAGCGAGGGAGAAAGAGCGGCGGGCGCUCGCCCGGCGCCUCCCCUCCACCCACCCUCGCGCCCCGCUUGCACACACACCUUCCCCGGCGCGGUCCGGCUCCGGCGCGGCCUCAGCUGCUAGCUCUGGGGCGGCGCGGGCUGCCUCGGGACUCCACCGCGCGCCGCCGCGUCCCCAGACAAAGGCUUGGCCGGCAGCCCCGGCCCGCUGCUCCCUCGGCUCCCUGCCUCCCGGGCUCCUCGUUCGGCGCCCCCGCUCCCGGUCAGCUGCAAAGUUUCCCCGGCUCCGGCGGCGGCUGCGCCCCGCGACGGCGAUGGCCGCGGAGCUGAGCAUGGGGCCGGAGCUGCCCACCAGCCCGCUGGCCAUGGAGUACGUCAACGACUUCGACCUGCUCAAGUUCGACGUGAAGAAGGAGCCGCUGGGCCGCGCAGAGCGGCCGGGCCGGCCCUGCACACGUCUGCAACCGGCCGGCUCAGUGUCGUCCACGCCGCUCAGCACCCCCUGCAGCUCGGUGCCCUCGUCGCCCAGCUUCAGCCCGACCGAGCAGAAGACCCACCUGGAGGACCUGUACUGGAUGGCCAACUACCAGCAGAUGAACCCUGAGGCGCUCAACCUGACGCCCGAGGACGCGGUGGAGGCGCUCAUCGGCUCGCACCCAGUGCCCCAGCCUUUGCAGACCUUCGACGGCUUUCGCGGCGCGCACCACCACCACCACCACCACCACCCGCACCCUCACCCGCACCCGCACCACGCGUACCCGGGCGCCGGGGUAGCCCACGAGGAGCUGGGGCCGCACGCCCACACGCACCACCACCACCACCACCAGCCGUCUCCGCCGCCGUCCAGCGCCGCCAGCCCUACGCAGCAGCUGCCCACCAGCCACCCCGGGCCCGGGCCGCACGCACCCCCCGCGGCCACGCAGGCUGGAGGCAGCGGCAGCGUGGAGGACCGCUUCUCCGACGACCAGCUCGUGUCCAUGUCGGUGCGCGAGCUGAACCGCCACCUCCGGGGCUUCACCAAGGACGAGGUGAUCCGCCUGAAGCAGAAGCGGCGGACCCUGAAGAACCGGGGCUACGCCCAGUCGUGCAGGUAUAAACGCGUCCAGCAGAAACACCACCUGGAGAAUGAGAAGACGCAGCUCAUUCAGCAGGUGGAGCAGCUUAAGCAGGAGGUGUCCCGGCUGGCCCGCGAGAGAGACGCCUACAAGGUCAAGUGCGAGAAACUCGCCAACUCCGGCUUCAGGGAGGCGGGUUCCACCAGCGACAGCCCCUCUUCUCCAGAGUUCUUUCUAGUCACCAACUUAAUACCCCUCACUUGAAGAACCAGGCUGCCA